AUUAAAUGUUUAUUUAAAUAAGGAUUUAAAUAUAAAAUACACAAAUCAGGGGUUUUAAAGAUAAUUUUGUGAGCUUAGAUAUGGAUUUCUGGACAUCCUUGUUGACUGAGUGCUUGGAGUAGCACAUGCUUUGCCUUUGUGGAGUAUUUUGCCCAGAGGAGCUGUGGCUGCCCCAUGAUCCCUGGAAGUGUCCAAGGCCACGUUGGACAGGGUUGGAGCAACCUGGGAGAGCGGGAGGUGGCCCUGCCCAUGGCAGGGGGUGCAGUGAGAUGGCCUUUAACGUCCUUCCAGCCCAAACCACUCUGGGAUUCUGGGAUUCUUUCUAUGACAGAAAGUGUUAAUAAUAAGUAGAAUCCGCUAUGAUUACUCAGGGCAGAAAAUCUUAUCAUAAUUCCCAAUUUUCUCUCUUCCCAAAUGUCACCCAUGGAAGGACGUGCCUCCUCCACUCCUGUGAAGCUGGUUCUUGAGCUCAGCGUUCCCUGCUGCAGGCUGCAGGUGGGGGGGGAGCAGGCUCAGAACGAGGACCUGAAGGAAAAGCACGAACGCCGGAAGAAGCCCGCGGACAAGCGGAGGCUGCCUGUGGCUGCCCUGCAGGAAUCCAGCGAGGACAAGGAGCAGGCUCUCCUCAACGUCUGCGACUCCAUCCAGGAGGAGGUUCGAGCCAAGAGCAAGGCGCUGGAGAAGGUGAGGGAGCGGCUUUUGUGUCCAGAGACCGAGAUCAAAGACCUGCAGCUGGAGUUUGGGCUGGAGAAGAUGGAUUACCUGAGCACCAUCCGGCGCCAGGAGCGAGACCUGCAGCUCUGCCAGCAGCUGCUGGAUCAGGUGCAGUCCCUUGUGCGGCGGGACUGCAACUACAGCAACCUGGAGAGGAUCCGGUGUGAGUCCGUGCGGGCCGAGGAGAGCGGCUGCUGGAGAAUUCCAGAGCCUGUCACUCAAAGAACCCACCUGCCCGCAGAGUUUGUCUGGAAAGUGUGAGUAACAAAGGUGGCACGUGGUGCGGAUCCCUCGGGAAUGUGAGCAGUGCCGGGAUCAGGGAGUGCA